CAGCCGCAGCGGAGAAUGGAGAAACUCAUUUUCGCCUCAGCGAUGGCGACAUUCAGAAGUGAAUUUCACAGCGUGCCGAACACUUACAACCGGCGCCUGACGGCAUUGAAGAAAAAGCUGACCACGUGUUUUCAGCACUGGCUGCUCAAGCUGCAACAACACCAACGCCAACACCAGAGCCAAGCCCAGCAGCAGCACAAACACCAACGCGGCACUGGGCAGUUCUAUAAAAUAUUUGUCCGCACGGACUGCUCCAUUUUGGACGAGAAAGUUACCUAUUUGCGCAAAUUCAAAAGGAUCUUCACAGCACGCCAGACUUUGGCAAGUGCCCGGACAGCAGCAGCUCAGCUACAGCCAGCACUUGGCAGCGGCAUCAGCCAGAAAGAGAAGCAGACGCAGGUGGCAGGGGAGGAGCUGCAAAUUGUAGCGCGACUCUUCUCAUCGACCCUCAUAUCGAGCACCAUCAGCUCCGACAUGACCAUCAUGGAUAACACCUAUAUAGGGGUGCGUGACGAGUACCCCGACAUUGAUGCUGAAAUACGCGCCAUACUGCUGGCUAAUGCCCAGAAUGGUAUCACGAUAUCAAGCAUCAAAAAUGAGUAUCGAGAAUUGACGGGCACUGCAUUUCCGGUGCACGACAACAUCACAGACUUUCUGCUAACCAUUCCGCACGUCACGGCGGAGUGCUGUGAAUCCGGCACGCGCAUCUUUAACAUCAAGCCCACUGAGGAGACCCGCCAUCUUCACGAGAUGAUAUUGCAGCAGCGCCAACGUGAGAGUCGAAACAAUUACAACAACACACACUACAACAACAACAACAACAACAACCAGAUGGUGUACUCACAGGAGCCGCCACGUUUGUGGCGCUCACAAUACAAACGGCGAAUGCCAUCCCACUUCAAUGUUAAUCUCAACUCCAGCGAGAAGCCGCCAGCUGUCAAGAUGGCCAAGCUGCAGCCCCUGGCCACGGCUGCAGCAUUGGCGCCCAACGGAGUCUAUCAGGACAACUGGAAGCAUCUCAAGAAUCAGUAUCAGCUACCGCAGCCCAAUGCUCUCAAGAACAGCAAUAGCAACAGCAGCAACAUCUACUCGAACACUUUGAAUCCUGCACAGUUACAGGCAGCACCGUCGGCAGAGCACAAACAGCAACAACAACAACCACAAGUAGUUCAGCAGUUGAAACACCUGGAGGAGUACACACAUAAGAGGCGAAACGAAUUCACACCCACGCCAACAACGUUGUCAUGUCCAUCGCAACAUGACUCCAUGUUCACCAUCAACUCGGACUAUGAUGCAUAUCUAUUGGACUUUCCACUGCUGGGCGACGACUUCUUGUUGUAUCUGGCACGCAUGGAGCUGAAGUGCCGUUUCAAGAAGUACGAGAAGGUGCUGCAGUCUGGACUCUGCAUCUCUGGACAGACGAUCAAUGCGGCCAGGCAACGGCUGCGACUUGUCGAGCUGCCGGAGAUGACGCAAAUCAUCGUUAAUAUCGGCUCCGUGGAUAUAAUGCGUGGCAGGCCGCUAGUGCAGAUCGAGCACGAUUUCCGUCAGCUGGUGAAGGAGAUGCAUAGCCGUAGAUUUGUACCUGUGCUGACCACGCUCGCACCGCUGGCCAACUAUCGCCACGACAAGCAGACAUGCGACAAGGUGUUGCGCCUGAACAAGUUUAUACGCAACGAGGGGCGACACCUGAAAGUUAUUGAUAUACAUUCCUGUCUGAUCAACGAGAAUGGCGUCGUGCGAUUCGAUUGCUUCCAGAACGGGCCACGUAGUGUGACGGGCUCAGCUGAGCCACAUGUAUUCUGGAACAAAAUCGGACGGCAGCGUGUGCUUCAGAUGAUUGAAGCGAAUUUGGAGUAUUAAGGAAGAGCUAAGGAGCUGGAGAGAUGUGGUGCUGAACUAAGGAAGCCGCCGGUCUGGCACCAGGCUUAAAUUUUACAUUCAUUUCAAGUGACGGCAUUCAGAGUUGUUUUAAAAACAGAAAUGUAGUUUCGAAUGUUAGUUUUUAAUGUGUUUUAUGUUCGUUCGUUUCGUUCUGUGUUAGUCUUUGUCUUUAUUUGUAAAUCUAUGUGAUAAAUAUGUGUUAAGUGUUUAUUGUUAUAUGUGAUUCCAGAACAUCAUCAAGUUUAUAGGGCUCGAAAGCAAUAUGUUUUGUUAUGUAUCGAAUUUUUGGUAUUUUGCUUUUGCUGCUAUCCCAAAAGCUUUGCCAAAAUUUCGUUACAUAACCAAUUUGAUUUCGAGAAACAUUUGAAAAUAUACUCAAAAUUCUUUUCUCUUCACAUUUUGCAUUGUGCUCUCCGCACAGAGUUCAAUGGAAAAUGCAACUUUAAAAAAGCAUUGCAAUGUUAUUAAUGUAUCUAUCUAUUGUUUUCUAUCUGUCUAUCCGGCUGACUCUGCCCAUGCUCAUGUAUGAGAACCGGUGCUGGACAGUGCAUCAGGAUCGGGAUCUAUACAUCUGAGCCAUGUGCCUUGUCGGCGUCAUGAAAAUGCAUUUGCUUCCCUUGAAGGCUUGCAGCGAAUCAAUGCCGCGGUUGAUUUCCCAUUUAUGCCUAAGCCCAUUCAAGUGAAGCACUUGCUCAAUUUUCGUACUUUCGUCCCUAAAGUGUAAAAAAUUUCGUACACUGUACACCAAGCACACCAAUCGAAGUGCGCGCUAAUGCGGCGUGCUUUCUUUCAGUGUACGUUUGCCAGAUUGAGAACUCA